UAGGACAUAAACAUCACAAACCAAAACCUCAAAAACCAAAACCUUAAAAAAACAAAAACCUCAAAAACAAAAACCUAGUAUCAUUUUUCAAUGGCUUCACUUCCUUUGGUAACAACUCUUUUGAUUUUGUUUCCUUUUCUUUUCUCAACUAUUGUUUAUGGUUACUCUCUAAGUUCCAUAAAAUCAUGGUGUAACCAAACACCUUACCCUCAAACAUGUGAGUAUUAUUUAACCAACAAUGCUUUCAACCAAACUAUAAAGAGCAAAUCCGAUUUCUACAAGGUUUCGCUUCAACUCGCGAUCCAACGAGCACAAAAGGGCGAACAAAAUACUCAUUCUCUUGGCCCGAAGUGCCGUAACGCGCAAGAAAAAGCCGCUUGGGCGGAUUGUAUUGAACUCUAUGAUUUUACGGUCCAAAAGCUUACUCAAACAACCAACCCUAAUUGCAAACAUACCGAUUCUCAAACAUGGCUUAGUACCGCUUUGACGAAUCUCGAAACAUGCAAGAGGGGAUUCUAUGACCUAGGUGUCACAAACUAUGUCCUACCUUUGAUGUCCAACAAUGUAACAAAGUUGUUGAGUAACACCUUGGCUCUCAACAAGGUUCCUUUCCAAAAACCUAGUUACAAAGAUGGAUUUCCGACAUGGGUUAAGCCCGGUGAUCGGAAGCUUCUUCAAACUUCCUCGGCCGCCUCGAAGGCGAAUGUCAUCGUUGCUAAAGACGGUUCCGGUAAGUACACGACCGUGAAGGCGGCGACCGAUGCUGCGCCGAGUGGUAGUGGAAGGUAUGUGAUAUAUGUGAAGGCUGGUGUUUACAAUGAACAAGUUGAGAUCAAAGCAAAGAAUGUUAUGUUGGUGGGAGAUGGUAUUGGGAAGACUAUAAUCACAGGUAGCAAAAGUGUUGGAGGUGGCUCCACUACCUUCCGUUCAGCAACCGUUGCUGCGGUUGGUGAUGGAUUUAUAGCUCAAGACAUCACAUUUAGAAACACAGCAGGAGGAGCAAAUCAUCAAGCUGUUGCAUUCCGUUCCGGCUCCGAUCUUUCGGUAUUUUACAAAUGUAGCUUCGAAGGUUACCAAGACACACUAUAUGUUCAUUCCGAGCGACAAUUUUACCGUGAAUGUAACAUCUACGGAACCGUCGAUUUCAUCUUUGGCAACGCCGCGGUCGUGUUGCAAAGUUGCAACAUUAUCGCAAGAAACCCGCCACAAAAAACAAUCACCCUCACCGCUCAAGGACGAACCGAUCCAAACCAAAACACCGGAAUAAUAAUUCACAACUCUAAGGUUACGGCCGCGUCCGACCUAAACCCUAGCUCGGUUAAAUCGUACCUCGGUCGCCCGUGGCAAAAAUAUUCAAGAACCGUUUUCAUGAAGACCUCUAUUGAUAGUUUUAUUAACCCUGCUGGUUGGUUGGAAUGGAGUGGUAACUUUGCUUUGGAUACUUUAUAUUAUGCUGAAUAUGCUAAUACAGGUGCAGGUGCUUCCACUUCAAAUAGGGUUACAUGGAAAGGUUACCAUGUUCUUACUAGUGCUACUCAAGCUUCACCUUUCACCGUUGGUAAUUUCAUUGCCGGAAGUUCAUGGUUACCGAGCACCGGUAUCCCUUUCACCGCCGGACUCUAAGUGUUUGUGUGGAAUCACAGCGAGUUUAUCAGAAUCAGAGUGAAACUCUGAUUUUGUUAAAUUCGCUGUUUAUCCAUACAUUCAUAAUUUAUCAUUGGAAUUUAUGUUGCAUUAUUAUUUGUUGAAUAUAAUUGUGUUACUAAUUAAUUGAUUGGCUGUCCUAUUGUAAUAUGAAAAUAAAAUAAUUUAGCAUGGCCAAUAAAUUAAUUGUAUGGUUAGUUGUAUUGCUUUAUUUUGAAGAAUUAUUGGUCUUUUUGUUUAAUUGUAUUUGAGUAAAGAAAUGAAUAAAGAUGAAAGUUUCAUUAAA